AAAUUUUUAUAGUGUUUAAUUCUUAGUUUUAUCAAUAUUUUUUAUUGUAAGCAUUAAAUAUGAGUACAAUUACUGAAUCUGAGAAGAAACGCUUACAAUCGUUGAAGGAGAAGAAGCAGGCGUUCAAAGCAAAAAGCCAAUUCCUACAGCAAGCUUUAAGAAACUUGGAUGAUACUACAAAAGUUAAGAAAAUUAUAUUUGACGAUAUUGAUGAACAGCAAAGUUCCAAGUUAAAAAGGAAGAGAGAUUUGUUUGAUAGUGAUAAUGAUAGUGAUAAUGAUAAUGAAAAAGAUUCUCUAUGGAAUAAAGAUGAAUUUAGUAUCAAAGAAAAUAAAUCUAAAAAGACCAUUCUUGGUAAUGAUGCACGAUUUACUUUAGAUGAUCGUUUUAUAAAAAAUGAUGAUCAGACUGAGAAAACUGAACUUGUUGAAGACAACAAUGAAUGUGAUUUGCAGAAAGAGAAAGAGAAGCAAUUAGAUAUUUUAGAAAGUAUUUUAGGAACACCUCUUACAGUAAAAAACCAGGAAAUAAAAACAACUAAAAAGAAUUUGAUGAUACGGUAUGAUCCAACUGAAAAUGGGCAUGGUGAAUAUGAAGUAAAAUCCGAACAGCCAAAAAUGAAAGAGAAAAAUACAAAAAAGAAACGUGAUAAAUUUGUAUUGGAAAUGGAACCUACACUUUCAGAACCAGAAGUAUCAAAGGAUAUCUAUUAUACUGUGUCUGAUAUCUUGACAGAAAGUUUAAAACAGAAAGAAGAAUUUAGUUUGUUAAAAGCACAUAGGAAAGAAAAUGAUACAGAGAAUGCUGAGGAUUGCAGUACAUCUGUUAUGGAUAAUAAAGCUCACAAUUUUAAGCUGAAUUUUAAUGCGACUAAUGCAUUUAAAUAUGAUUCAUCUGAUGCUGAUGAAGAUUUAAAUGAAGUACUAGAUACAGAUAAACAGAUGACAGAUGAGAUUAAAGAAAAUACUUGUACAAAUAGCCUGUUUGAAUAUAAAGAUACUUUAUUUCUUGAUAACGAAGAUAUACGAUUUAAUGAGGCUAGAAGAUUCUUCAAUGCAGAAGCUAUUUCAAAUGAUGAAUUUAAAAAUUUGAGACGUGAGUUGAAAAUGAUUGUACGUACGAAAAUUCGUACAAACGAAAGGAAACAUCAACCGUGGAAUAAGAAAAGAAAAAUUAGAAUAUUUAAAAAAUAAUGAUUUUUUCUAACUCUAUUGAUACCAAUAUGAUUGAUUAAAGUACUUGCAGCAAUUUUGAAUAAAUUGAUGAUAUAUGCAAUAUA